AUUUGAGGUUAAGAAAAAAUAAAAGAAAGUUGAUAAUAGAAAUACUCGAAUUUUAUUGGUCUAAAUUAUGAACUGCGUAAUUUCGGGUGAGAGAAUUCCUUUGUGUUAAAUAACGUCUUGGAAUUUGUGAAUACAAAAAAUAUAUAUUACGAAUAUAAAGAGAACGACAUUUUCAGAAGACGCCAAAAUAAUUUACCAGCGUAGUAAAUUUUUUACUAGAAGUGUUUAUUUAAAUUAAACAAUUAAUGACCGGUACAUAUUGUUGACAUUUUGGUUUGGUUUAUAUUUAAAUUGAGUGAUUUGAUAUAUUUUUGUAAGUAAUUGGAAAAAUGACUGAUCAAUUGCCGUUCAGAGUCGAGUAUGCAAAAAGUGGACGGGCCAGUUGUAAAAGUUGCAAAGGAAAUAUUGGAAAAGAUGAUCUGAGACUUGCCAAAAUUACCCAGAGUCCAUUCCAUGAUGGUGUCAUUACAAGUUGGUUCCACCCGGAUUGUUUUUUCGCUAAAACGAAACCAAAAACGAUUGGGGAUAUUGCUAAUUUUGAUAAUAUCAAAUGGGAAGAUCAGGAAAUGGUCAAAAAAAGAGUUGAAGGAGGAUCUGAGCCAGCAGCUGGUACCAGUGGCAAAAGUCGCAAGCGCGGGAAUAAUAAAGCAUUUGAAGAUUUUAAAAUAGAAUACGCAAAAUCCAACCGUUCAGUUUGUGUUGGAUGUGAAACCCCGAUAAUAAAAGACAAUAUUCGUGUGUCUAAGAAGGAUUAUGAGAGUGAGAAAGCAAUCAAACUUGGGUCGAUUGAUCGGUGGUAUCACCUUGAAUGCUUUGCGCAAAUUCGCAAUGAGCUGGAGUUCUUUGCCGCUGGAAAUAACCUGCCGUGUUUCAAGACCCUGAAGAAAGAGGACCAGGACCUGGUGAAAAAGACUUUGCCUGCCAUAAAGGAAACUGGUGCUCCAGCGGUUAAGAAAGUUAAGGAAGAGCCGGUCGAUAGCGCUGAGGAGAAGGUCAUGAAGAAGCAGAAUAAAAAAUUAUUUGACACCAUUGACCAACUGAAAGUUGUUAAGAAGAAAGAUAUGAUUGAAAUGCUCCAGCAUAACAAUCAGUUUAUUCCAGACGGAGAGUCUCGGCUCCGUGAUGCGCUGUCCGAUCAGUUGGUCUUCGGAGCUUUGCCGACUUGUACCAAAUGCUCGGGACAGUUCAGAUUCAAGUCUGGAAUCGGGUACCGAUGCAUGGGCAACAUAACAGAGUGGACUAAGUGCGAGAAUAUUGUCGUGGAUCCAAAACGCACUAAAUUUAUUAUUCCCGAGGACAUGAAAGAGAAAUAUGAUUUUUUACAGAAGUACAAAAGUAAACCCGAGCGUCGUAUUGUUCGGAUAACGGCACCAUCGGCUGCGGUUGAACCCGUCAAGAAAGAAGACCAAGUUGACGGUCCCAAAAUUAAUCGCGGUCCCAUGCCACUCAGAGGAAUGCAGUUCGUCAUUGCUGGUAAAACUGAGAAGAGCAAAGAGGCUUUGAAAAAAGAAAUAAUGUUACUUGGUGGUACAGUUGGUACCAAAGUAAGCGACACUACUGCUGCGGUGAUUGCCAACGAGGCUGCCAUUGAAAAAGGCGGUAAAGUUAUUGAAGAAGCUGAAAAACUAGACAUUCAAGUUGUCUCUGAGGAUUUUGUUGACGAGGCAAAAGACUACAAGGAUACCCCCAUCCCAUUGAUUAUUAAAAAAAAUAUUUGCAAAUGGGGUGGCGACCCCAGUGCUCGUGUCGUUGCUUCUCUUGCUAAAUCGAGCAUCUCUGCGCGGGCUAAAAGUAUUUACGAGAAGUCUGGUAGCGGUAAAGUCAAAUUGAAAAUCAAAGGCGGCGGUGCCGUGGAUCCUGACAGUGAGCUCGAGGAUGUGGCGCACGUCUUCCAACGUGGGAACGAAAAGUUCACUGUAACUUUGGGUAUCACUGAUAUCCAGGCUAAAAAAAAUAGUUACUAUAAGCUGCAGAUACUUAAACAUGACCAUCAAAACAAGUACUGGUUGUUCAGAAGCUGGGGUCGCAUUGGCACCACCAUCGGAGGCAACAAGACCGACUCCAUGGCUCUGGAAGACUGCAUCUCGACCUUCAAAGAACUGUACCAUGAAAAGUCAGGUAAUCAGUGGGAGAAUCGUGACAUGUUUGUUAAAUAUCCGAGACUGAUGUAUCCCAUCGAUACUGAGGACAGCGACGACUCAAAAGUUGGAAUUCUGGAGUCUAAUAUCGAGAGCAAGCUUAAGAAACCUGUCCAGGAUCUGAUACGACUUAUUUUUGACGUCAACAUCAUGAAGAAGGUAAUGAAGGAGUUUGAAAUCGACACUGAAAAAAUGCCGCUGGGUAAACUGUCCAAGAAACAGCUGGAGAAAGCUUACCAAGUUCUUACGGAGCUGCAACAAUUGAUUACCAAAGGAAAUGCUGAGCGUACGCUGAUAAUUGACGCGUCAAAUAGAUUCUAUACUCUGGUUCCUCAUUCAUUUGGAGUUGACGAUCCUCCGCUGCUGAAUACCGAGGAAAUAAUUAAAGCAAAAUGCGAGAUGCUGGAGUCGUUGAUAGAUAUGGAGAUUGCCUACAACUUGCUGAGUGUUAAAACUGAUGAGAAUCAGAACCCGCUGGAUGCCCACUACGCCCAGCUUAACACCGACGUUGACGUCCUGGACAAGGACAGUGAUGAGUUCAAGAUGAUCGAGACUUACACCAAGAACACCCACGCAGCGACUCACUCCUCCUACGAGUUGCAGAUCGAGGAUGUCUUCGUUAUCAAGCGCAAGGGCGAGGACAAGAGAUACAAACCAUUUGCGAAAUUGCCGAACAAAAAAUUACUCUGGCACGGGUCUCGUACCACAAACUACGCAGGUAUCCUGUCCCAAGGACUUCGUAUCGCGCCACCGGAAGCUCCCGUCACCGGUUACAUGUUCGGUAAAGGUAUUUACUUUGCUGACAUGGUGUCCAAGUCUGCGAACUACUGUUGCACCAACAGCCAGAAUCCCACUGGUCUCCUGUUGCUCUGCGAAGUCGCGUUGGGUAACAUGUACGAGAGACUCAAAGCCGACUACAUCGAAAAACUGCCAAAGGGAAAGCACUCGACCUUCGGUAAAGGUCAGACUGGUCCUGAUCCCAACCAAGCCUUGAAGACUCCUGACGGCGUUGAAGUUCCUUGCGGUCCUCCGGUUGACCAAAAGGUUCCUAGCACUGCUUCGCUUCUGUACAACGAGUAUAUUGUCUACGAUGUUGCUCAAGUCAAGGCUCGAUACCUCGUUCGUAUGAACUUCAAGUACAAAUAUUAGACGAAUCAUGCGCGUUACAACAUUUACACUAACUCAGUGUUUGAAAAUUAUUUUUCUAUUGAUUAUUUAUCUACCUCUUAAUCUUUAGACUCUGUUUGGUAACUUAAAUACAUUUAUCUUAUUAAAUUUGUAGUAUUUAUCAUUUUACUGAGUAUAUAAUCGUGUACUUGAGUAUUAGUUCAAUAAUCAAAAUGUCAAUGUAUUGUCUUUGUU